AUGGAGAUAGAAAUCACAGACCAAAACCUCGAAACUGCCCCUUCAUCUAAUUCACCUAUCCAUGACAGUUCAUGUAAUAGUAGUGUUACUGACAACUUUUUCACUUGCGAAAUCUGUAUCGAACCAGUUCUUCUAAACCAGAAAUUUAAGAACAUGGAGAUGGAUGGAUGCCUUCACCCUUAUUGCACUGACUGCAUCGUCAAGUACAUCGAAGUAAAAGUUAUACAUGACAACAUUUCGGAGAUACAAUGUCCUAAUAGCAAUUGCACUGUCUUCUUAAACGCUUUAUCCUGUCGCUCCAUUCUCCCCACAUUCGUGUUCGAGAAAUGGUGUCGUGUACUUUGUGAAUCAGUUGUAUUAAUGGAAUCAUCAAAAGGUGGGUUUGCCUAUGGGAGAUCUUAUUGCCCUUUUCGUGAAUGUAGCGAAUUAGUUUUAAACGAGUGUGUCAUGACAAUUGCAUUUUCAAGUACUUCAAGUAGUUCAAAUAUCAGAAAAUCAACCUGUCCAAAUUGCAAGAAGAUAUUCUGUUUUCACUGUAUGGUUCCAUGGAAGGAAAAUCAUAGACGUCAUAGAAGAGGUAAUCUGGUAAAUGACGUCGAUAGAAACGAUCUUCUGUUCCUGGAGACUGCUAGACAACAGAAAUGGACUCGAUGUCCAAAUUGCAGCUGUUAUGUGGAACAUGUAAAGCCACAUUUUGUUAUCGGUGUGGAUGCAAGAUUUGUAUAUGCGAAGUAA